CAGCCAGGUCUUAUGUCCUCUUAGUCUCGGUGAAUUCAGGGUCAGCCCCUCCCUCCCCCGUCCUCUCCUCUGCCCGAUGCCACCUCCUUCCCCAGCCGUAGGUGAGCUCCCGCUCUGACAGUCCCGCGUUCAGCGUCCUGCACCCAGUUCCCAGGCGCACGGCCCUGGUCCCGACCUCCACCCGGGCCGCCCGGCAUCCGAGACCCUCCCAGGGUCAUGGGCAGGGUUUCCUUCAGUGUUCGAGUAGGCUCGAUCCAGAGACCCCAGUACCAAUGCCGGGGGCGAUACCACCUUUCCUGCGGAGUCCUUCCUUCGCACGGUGCCCUCCACGCGUCUAGUGGACUUGGCUGCGCACUGGCCGCACGGGAGACUGCAGAUGGAGCUGUCGGAGCCAGCCCCUCGGGGAUCUACAGCUUCCUCUCUGCGCCGGCGUCGCGGGCGCCUGGUGGCUGGAAGGACUGCGCAGCAGCCUUGCCUGCCCCAGACGUCUUGAGAGCUGAUGACAAUAACAUGGGCAAUGGCUGCUCUCAGAAGCUGGCGACUGCUAACCUCCUCCGGUUCCUAUUGCUGGUCCUGAUUCCAUGUAUCUGUGCUCUUGUUCUCUUGCUGGUGAUCCUGCUUUCCUAUGUUGGAACAUUACAAAAGGUCUAUUUUAAAUCAAAUGGGAGUGAACCUUUGGUCACUGAUGGUGAAAUCCAAGGGUCCGAUGCUAUUCUUACAAAUACAAUUUAUAACCAGAGCACUGUGAUUUCUACUGCACAUCCCGACAAGCACAUUCCAGCCUGGACUACGGAUGCUUCUCUCCCAGGGGACCAAAGUCACAGGAAUAUAAGUGCCUGCAUGAACAUCACCCACAGCCAGUGUCAGAUGCUGCCCUACCACUCCACGCCGACACCUCUCCUCUCAGUUGUCAGAAACAUGGAAAUGGAGAAGUUCCUCAAGUUUUUCACGUAUCUCCAUCGCCUCAGUUGCUAUCAACAUAUCAUGCUGUUUGGCUGUAGUCUCGCCUUUCCUGAGUGCAUCAUUGAUGGCGAUGACAGUCAUGGACUUCUGCCCUGUAGAUCCUUCUGUGAGGCUGCCAAAGAAGGCUGUGAAUCAGUCCUGGGGAUGGUGAAUUACUCCUGGCCGGAUUUCCUCAAAUGCUCCCAGUUUAGAAACCAUACUGAAAGCAGCAACGUCAGCAGAAUUUGCUUCUCGCCUCAGCAGGAAAAUGGAAAGCAACUGCUCUGUGGAGGGGGUGAGAGCUUUCUGUGUGCCAGUGGAAUCUGCAUCCCCAGGAAACUGCAAUGUAAUGGCUACAACGACUGUGACGAUUGGAGUGACGAGGCUCAUUGCAACUGCAGUGAGAAUCUGUUUCACUGUCACACAGGCAAGUGCCUUAAUUACAGCCUUGUGUGUGAUGGAUAUGAUGACUGUGGGGAUUUGAGCGAUGAGCAAAACUGUGAUUGCAAUCCCACAACAGAGCAUCGCUGCGGGGACGGGCGUUGCAUUGCCACGGAGUGGGUGUGUGAUGGUGACCACGACUGUGUGGAUAAGUCCGACGAGGUCAACUGCUCCUGUCACAGCCAGGGUCUGGUGGAGUGCAGAAAUGGACAAUGUAUCCCCAGCACAUUUCGAUGUGACGGCGACGAGGACUGCAAGGAUGGGAGUGAUGAGGAGAACUGCAGUGGCAGUCAGACUCCAUGUCAAGAAGGAGACCGAAGAUGCCUCUACAUUGCCUGCAUUGAUUCGUGUGGUGGUAGCUCUCUCUGUGACCCGAACAACAGUCUGAAUAACUGUAGUCAAUGUGAACCAAUUACAUUGGAACUCUGCAUGAAUUUGCCCUACAACAGUACAAGUUAUCCAAAUUACCUUGGCCACAGGACUCAAAAGGAAGCAUCCAUCAGCUGGGAGUCUUCUCUUUUCCCUGCACUUGUUCAAACCAACUGUUAUAAAUACCUCAUGUUCUUUGCUUGCACCAUUUUGGUACCAAAGUGUGAUGUGAAUACAGGCCAGCGUAUCCCCCCUUGCAGAGCAUUGUGUGAGCACUCUAAAGAACGCUGUGAGUCUGUUCUUGGGAUUGUGGGCCUACAGUGGCCUGAAGACACAGAUUGCAGUCAAUUUCCAGAGGAAAAUUCAGACAAUCAAACCUGCCUGAUGCCUGAUGAAUAUGUGGAAGAAUGCUCACCUAGUCAUUUCAAGUGCCGCUCAGGACGGUGUGUUCUGGCUUCCAGAAGAUGUGAUGGCCAGGCCGAUUGUGAUGAUGACAGUGAUGAGGAAAACUGUGGUUGUAAAGAGAGAGAUCUUUGGGAAUGUCCAUCCAAUAAACAAUGUUUGAAGCACACAGUCAUCUGCGAUGGGUUCCCAGACUGCCCUGAUUACAUGGAUGAAAAAAACUGCUCAUUUUGCCAAGAUGAUGAGCUGGAAUGUGCAAACCAUGCAUGUGUGUCACGUAACCUGUGGUGUGACGGUGAAGCCGACUGCUCAGACAGUUCAGAUGAAUGGGACUGUGUGACCCUCUCUAUAAAUGUGAACUCCUCUUCCUUUCUGAUGGUUCACAGAGCUGCCACAGAACACCAUGUGUGUGGAGAUGGCUGUGAGGAGAUGUUCAGUCAGUUGGCCUGCAAGCAGAUGGGUUUAGGAGAACCAUCUGUGACUGAAUUGAUACAGGAACAGGAGAAAGAGCUGCGGUGGCUGACAUUACACUCCAACUGGGAGAGCCUCAAUGGGACCACUUUGCAUGAACUUCUUGUAAAUGGGCAGUCUUGUCAGAGCAGAAGUAAAAUUUCUCUUCUAUGUACUAAACAAGACUGUGGGCGCCGCCCUGCUGCCCGAAUGAACAAAAGGAUCCUUGGGGGUCGGACAAGUCGCCCUGGAAGGUGGCCAUGGCAGUGUUCUCUGCAGAGUGAACCCAGUGGACAUAUCUGUGGCUGUGUCCUCAUUGCGAAGAAGUGGGUUCUGACAGUUGCUCACUGCUUCGAGGGGAGAGAGAAUGCUGCAGUUUGGAAAGUGGUGCUUGGCAUCAACAAUCUAGACCAUCCAUCAGUGUUCAUGCAGACACGCUUUGUGAAGACCAUCAUCCUGCAUCCCCGCUACAGUCGAGCAGUGGUGGACUAUGACAUCAGCAUCAUUGAGCUAAAUGAAGACAUCAGUGAGACUGGCUACGUCCGGCCUGUCUGCUUGCCCAGCCCGGAGCAGUGGCUAGAGCCUGAUACGUACUGCUAUAUCACAGGCUGGGGCCACAUGGGCAAUAAAAUGCCUUUUAAGCUGCAAGAGGGAGAAGUCCGCAUUAUUUCUCUGGAACGGUGUCAGUCCUACUUUGACAUGAAGACCAUCACCACUCGGAUGAUAUGUGCUGGCUAUGAGUCUGGCACAGUUGAUUCAUGCAUGGGCGACAGCGGUGGGCCUCUUGUUUGUGAGAAGCCUGGAGGACAGUGGACAUUAUUUGGAUUAACUUCAUGGGGCUCCGUCUGCUUUUCCAAAGUCCUGGGGCCUGGCGUUUAUAGUAAUGUGUCAUAUUUCGUCGAAUGGAUUAAAAGACAGAUUUACAUCCAGACUUUUCUCCUAAACUAA